AUGGAACAUUAUGUACGGCAAUGCGAUCCAUGGUGGCCUUUAAGUGGCGCUAAUUCAUUGCAAGCUGUUGUUAAAUUGCGUUCUGAUCAAAUUCGGAAUUCUGACCAUGAUUUUUUUUUCCAGUCGUUUAAUUUAUUUUGUGGAGAUGAAAAAGGCAAGCAAGGUGUGCCCAAGAUUUUGCAACGAGGGAAAUCAUUUCCUGUGGUAAAUAUUUGGGAUCAAAGGAAAAGGCAGUUGCGAACCAUUGAUGAUCUGUUGAUUCUUCUAAAUGAGUUUUCUUCAACAGUUAUGGGAAACGAUUCAUCAUCCUCCAUCUCAUAUGUACCAAAUUUUUUAGGAUCUAAUAAGGAUGAUGUGGAUUAUUCAUUGAUUAUAUUCUCUCAUUAUUGUUGUCAAUUUUUGUUGUGUUUGCCUCGAUUUCUUUGUAUUUGUAACGACGGCCAAUUGAUGUUCGAUUUGGAACCGAAAUUGGGCGAAUCGUUUUCACCUCAGCCACCUGCUAACAAUCCACUCAUUUACGUUUGCGCUGGUGUCGUUCAUAUGAUUCAAUUCACUUGUAUCGGUCCACUUUCUCUUUUGAUAUUAAACUUCCGAAAAUCAAAUUUAAUUUGGAAAGAAAUUGUUGCUGAACCGAAAAAGACAACGUUAAACAGAAGAAGGAGAAUCAGCGUUGAAGAAGGAAUACUUAUCGAAAGCUCAGACGAAAACAAGUCCAUAAAUUUUGUUUCAGGAAGAUGGUUUCGUUUUAUAAAUAUUCCGCAAACUGAUCAGUUAUUCCGAGCGGAACGCGUUUUACGUGCCACUUCUAUUGAAUUGUUUUUAGCAAUUGUAGCUGGCACGUUACGACGUCAUUUUCGAUCUUUAGGUAUAGCACAUCCUCCGGAUAUUGGUACAUCGCUACCCGUAUCAUAUCGCGAAUAUAUGCCAAUUGAAGCUCAAAAUCGUUGUAGUAUGGUUAUGCUACCAGUGAUUAUACCUUGUAGUGUAGAAGGUGUCAUUCCAAGAAUUUGGGCUAUUCAGAGGAGGGUAGCUGAUGCUCUAGAUGGUGUUCUUCCUAAUUCUUUACGCAUAUGGAGGCUUCUUUCGGAAUUUUCACUUUCCCCGGACAUUACUCGCUCUAUAUUUUCAUCUUUUCAUGGUAACAGUUCUGUAGUAGUUAGUUUCUUUCGUGCCUGUGGCAAUUUACACCUCGAUUCUCGACGUAUUCAGUCUAUUCUUAUGUUUCCAUCUUUACCGGAUCAUAUAAAAGCUGUUUUCACGUUUGUUCAGUGUGAUCAAGAAUUGAUGCUGAGUAUGUCACUGAAUAAACAAUGUUUCCCUGAACCUAAAAAUUUUCUUUUGCAAUUCAAGAUGGAAAUCCGUUGUCUUCUCGAUCAACUUGCAAUGAGACUUUUAACAUUAAGUCAAGCAACAUUCCUACCGAACCAAGUUCCAUCUUUUUCUGUGCCGGUAAAUACUAACCAAGAAUUUUCGGUGACUGAUCCAUGUUGCGAUGUUCAUAAGAAGCCCAUUCAUCCAGAAUCGCAUGAUAUUGAUGAACUUCAGCUUCUACUUAAAAAUGUUCAAGAUGAAUUGGAUAAUUUAAGAAAUAGUCCACUGAUCAGCGGAAUGGAUUAUGUCAAGAAGUUAACAGAAUUGGAGAAACAGUUGGUUGUUUUCCAUGAUAUCAUGGCUAGUCGACUUGCUUCACCAAGUUGUGCUACAGUGAAAGAAGAUGCUAAAUUAGUGUCAAAUGUAAUUGCAGAUUUACUUGCGCCAUAUAGGCAAGAAACAGCUUCGGGUGUGCGUCGUUUUUCUCGCGAAUUCAUUCGUUUGGAUCUUUUCCGGUAA